AUGGCCGACAAAGACGCGGCAGUCAUGCACCUGGAGGACCAACCUGGUCAGGGAAUAUCUGCCGACGAUGCAGAGUUCCUAUCGGCCUUUCCAGAUGAAGCCAAGAAGAAAGUUCUCAGGAAGAUGAGACUUGUUCCCAUGUUUGUUCUCUUGUAUUUGGUGGCAUAUAUCGACAAGACAAACAUUGGAAAUGCGGAGAUCGAGGGCCUUCUUCCAAGUUUACACAUGGACGGAACACAGUACAACAUCGCCUUGUCCAUUUUCUUCGUACCUUAUGUCCUUGCUGUUGAAGAGGUGCCGAGCAAUAUAAUCUUGAACCAACUCAAGAGACCGUCGCGCUAUUUGGGAUUUCUGAUCUUCUGCUGGGGUGUGAUCAUGCUAUGUACGGGCUUUGUUCAAAACUUUGCCGGUCUAGUCGUGAUUCGCUUCCUAUUGGGUCUAUUUGAAGCUGGCUUUCUUCCCGGUGCCGUGCUCGUGAUCUCGAAAUGGUAUCUUCCGAAUGAGACACAGACCCGCAUCGCUAUUCUUUACACAUCUGCUGCUUCUGGAGGUGCUUUCUCAGGUCUGCUGGCAUUCGCGAUCGCCAAAAUGGAUGGCACGGCAGGCUACGAAGGCUGGCGCUGGAUAUUCAUCAUAGAGGGCCUAGCAACCAUUGUCAUGUCCAUCGCUUGCUAUUUGCUCCUUCUAGACUCACCAUCCUUGUCUCCAGGCUGGCUAACUGCAGACGAGAUUCGAUUCCUUGAACUACGUCAACUAACCUCCAACAAUCACGGUGGACAUCACGGGGGCUUCAACAAAUGGAUCAUCUUCAGCGUCCUCGGCGAUUGGAAAAUAUACCUCCUCAUCCUCGCCAACUGGUCCAAUGCCGUCCCCAACUACGCACUCAAGUUCAGUAUGCCUGAGAUCAUCACAUCCAUGGGCUACAAAUCAGCCGACGCCCAGCUUCUGACCAUCCCUCCAUACGCCGUCGGCGCUGCGUCGGCUUACGGGUUCUCCGUGUUCGCUGAUCGCUUCUCAUGGAGAAUGCCUUUCAUCGUGGCACCACAGCUCUCACUCCUCGUCGCAUUCACCAUACUAUUCUGCAAGGCUGCCGACAUCGAGAACAACAUAGCACUCUGCUAUUUUGGCAUUUGUCUCGCCUGCUUCGGGAUGUAUCCUAUUCUUCCUGGUGUCAAUGCUUGGAAUGUCUGCAACAUUCCGAAUCCUCACAAGCGCGCCGUGGCCAUUGGCUACCUCAUUUGCGUUGGUAAUGCGGGUGGUAUCAUUGGGAGCUACAUCUACAAAGCCGAUGAGAAGCCGCGUUAUCCCACUGGCUAUGGCACUUCACUUGCGUUCACUGCUGCCGGAAUUGUGGCUUGUCUAGCCUUGGAAUUCUGUCUCUGGAGCGCGAACAAAACGAAAGACCGGAUGUCCACGUCUGUGAUUGAGGAGAUGCAUAAUGAAGAUCAGCUUCAUGACACGGAGAAGAGUCCUCUCUUUAAGUAUACCUUAUGA